AUGUCCCUUCCCAGCAACCGUCACACACAAUUUAACCUGCUCGGUUUAGCAGGAACCGAUUCCAACGCCUCGUCUUCGGAAGUUGCCCAAACGCAACACCCUGCUGGCAUGUUGGAAGAGAAGACGCUGAACAAGAAGCGAGCCCGUUCACCGGAGGACGUCCCGGAAAUGGUGUCGGACACAAGCAAGAAGACUUCGAGAUUGGACCGAAUUCAGGCGACAGAACCUCUCCGCCCCAAAGCCAUCAAAGAAUCGCCGUGGAAAUAUUACGAAAAGAUCUAUGAUCUGGAGCUGGCUGGCGAGGUGGAAGUUGCGGUUCGGAAGGCAGAUCCAAACGAGCUCGUCCACGUGAGAACAUUCACUAGUCCUGGAGCGGAGAAAGCACUCUAUCGAUAUCAGCACCUCCAACAUGCCAAUAUUGUCACUGCCCUGGAUGCCUUCACAACAGAUACUGGCCUCUUCCUUGUCGUAGAAGCUAUGCCAAUUUCUCUGGAACGGAUGGUACAAUCUCCCGCAUAUCCUAACGAGGCGCAACUUGCUGCAAUCAUGGGACAGCUCCUGAAGGGCAUAGCUUACCUUGAAGCGGAAGGGCUUGAGCACGGAUCUCUCUGUUGCUCGAACAUUCUCCUAGAUACGGACGGAACCCUCAAGAUUUCAAAUCAAGAAUGCUGUGGCGUGAUGAGCCGGUCAAAGGACGGGCGUGACGACUUACGUGCCCUCUCAUCUAUCAUGAUGGAGUUGAUGCAGAAGUACGUAAAAGAAGACGCUGCCAUAGGUAUCGAUGAUCUGCAUCGCUGGCAAUCCAGCUCAGAUGCCGUUGGUCUGCUCUCUGCAACAACUUCUGCCGCGUCUGCGGCAGAGUUGCUCAAAGUGAGUAUCGGUCGCAACAUCUGUGAUACAGUCCUCUAA